AUGAUAAGAAACACAAUAAUAAAACAAAGAUGGCAUGUUAGUCCUUGUCGACGCUUGCGUUUUCUCGGUCGAUCCCUUGCAACGGCUGCAUACGAAAAUGUGUCUGAUAAAUCAAUCUUUGACCCACAGAGAUUCACCUUUCCCGAUCAUGAUCAAGAAAGGUGGAACUCGCUAUCGAAGACGUACAUACGUGCAGUAUUUAGCAACAAUGCUUCACUUGCCUUAAAGCAUUUAAUUGAGUUAAAAAAACACUAUACAUCCUUGGAUCACCCGAUUGCAUUGAAUCAGAAGCAAAUGCUUGAAUUCUUUCAAGCGGGACUUUGCUUGUACAUAGAACAGGAUCAGAGAUUCAAUUUCAAGAUUCUCAAUGGCAUUAUUCAAGCAUAUGCAACGUUGAUCAAACAAGUGCAGUGUUCAGGAGUUGACCACAAUACAACACAGCCACAUAUUAACACUAUUUUAAAGACUUUGCUACAUGCAUAUGACUUGGAAAAAGCAUCUGGAAAGAGUAAAAUAUAUGCACUUCCAAUCAAGAAUUCAUUUAAGCAAGUGGUGGAAAGUUUCCAGGCAGAUUUGUCAAUAUUUUCGACACGAUUGACUGAAGAGGAUCUAAUAAAAACCUUGAAAGAGCUCUACCCCAGUAUAAAGUCGGAGCAAUCAAGUGAACAUCCUGUUAAUUCUCCCCCCACUACUCUACCCAUUGAGUCCUACUUGGAUGAUUUUGGUAACUUACAUUUCGAAAAAGCCUGUCAAUAUAUCGAAGACAAUAAAUUUCAAUGGAAUGGAGAAACCAUAUAUGGAAUAUAUGACUAUUACGACUCUUUACCCAGCAAUGAAAAAGAAACGUUCUUGAAGGAUUAUCUUGCUUUCAACAAGAUUAAACAAUCAACUUUGGAACAAUAUACUCAUAAAUUGGUUAAAAGUCCAUCAAAAUCCAACACAACAUCUGAACAGAGUGCAAAGUUUAUCGCUAAUGAGCAAGAAAUGUUGAAUACCUGGAUUUAUCACAGCUGUAAAACAGUCGACAAGCUAGUUGUGAACUCGCCAGCUUCUGACAAUGAAAAGAUACUUUAUCAUUUUCAACAAUUUAUUCAAAGUUUCCCCAUAAGGUCAAUAGUUGGUAACGUUGUUUACAAAUUGAUUUCUUCGGCGUAUAAGGAGAAAGUUGGUGUUUUAGAAGUCUUAAGUGGCAUGAGAAUGGCCUUUAGACAAGAUAUAUCAUUAAUGAAAACGGGUGACAAUAAGCCACAACUUUUCAAGUUUAUAUCUGAUGAUGAUUUCGAUAAGUUUUCAAGCAUAUUGGUCAAAGCUGUGAUAGAAUCAUGUGUGUUACCUAGUGAAUAUACAACUCGUCAACUCAACAGUGAAGCUGAAGUCGGUCCUAGUUUUACGGUUGGCGAUACCAAAGAGCAAUUUGCGUUUACCCAAAGUACAAUCUAUACAUCACCGAUCAAAUCACGAGCUGUAAUUAGCAUCAAUCCUAUCUUGUCACAAAGCUUGACUUCAAUUCCUAUUGGAUCAGAUUCACAUCAUUUCCCAUUAUUGUGCCCUCCUGAACCAUGGCUUGGUGUCAACAAAGGUGCCUAUUUGGAAAGAAAUACUCCGUUCUUGAGUGGAUUUGACCAGUUACAACAAACAAUAUUACAAAAUGCCCAUCAUCAAGGUAAACUUGAUUCCGCAUUUAAAUGUCUUGAUCAAAUGGGUAAAACUGCUUGGUCAAUCAAUCGAGAUAUGUUGGUGAUUUUCAACAAGUUGAUGCAGUUAUCUGAUGGGUUUCUUGACAUUCCACCGCAAAGGGUGGACUCUUUGACAAAGUCCAAGCAAGAGGUUAUCGAUAUUAAAGGAUUGCGACUGAAUUUCGAAACUGUCAACAAGUUGGCCAACGCUUUUGGCCGUAAUGGAGACAUGUUGUAUCAUUGUUAUGUAUUUGAUUUCAGAGGUAGAGUAUAUCCAUUGUCGCCAUUGACCCACUAUGGCGGCGACUUGACUCGAUCAUUGUUUCAAUUCUGGCACAGUCGACCAUUAGGUGCUAAUGGAUUUUACUGGAUAAAGUAUCAAUUAAUGUCCGUGUUUGGUGGCAGCGGUGCAAUCAAUUGUGAGGAAUUUUUCAGUCAAAAUAAGGGCCACAUUCUUGAAUCAGCAACAGAUCCUUUGAGCAAUCAAUGGUGGAUGAAGGCCGAUGAACCAUUCUCUGCACUAUCGGUGUGCAUUGAAAUUAAAAAGAUUUUACACUUUGUUGAACAGGAUGGUGGCGAAAUUGAAGAGUACUUGUGUCGGUUACCUAUACACCAAGAUGGUUCAUGCAAUGGACUACAACACUAUGCAGCUUUAGCUGCUGAUGAACUGGGUGGAAAAGCAGUUAAUUUAGUCCCCAUGGAUACCAAGCAAGAUGUAUACUCAACGGUGCGAGAUAUUGUUGAAUGUAAAAUUAUUGACGAUGUUGAAAAUAAACUCAAAGGGGAAGCUCGUCAAGAAGCGGAAUUCAUGUUGAAGAUAUUGGAUCGUAAAUUGAUUAAACGACCAGUCAUGACUACUGUGUAUGGCGUUACAUUGGCUGGUGCAAGUAGACAAAUUUUAGAGAAUAUUGAGAAGAUUGUAUCGGAUCACGAUGAAAAUCCAUCCAAACGUGGGAUAUAUGAUGAACCAACCAUUGAUAAGCUACGUCAAUUCAAUUUGAAGUCGACUAUAUACUUGGCAAGACAGAUUUUGUCGUCAAUUGAUGAAUUGUUCUUCAAUGCUAAACAAAUGGAGGGGUGGCUCGUGGAAAACACGAGACGCAUCUUGACUAGUUAUAAUGUGAAAACGUUGGACUAUCUCCAAUUGAAGACUUUCGCAUCAUCUUCACUCACAUUAACAUCAGCGAGUGAAGCGUUGAACAAUUGGUACAGAAUUCCGAUAAGUUAUAGUCCCAUAAGUUGGGUAUCUGCCGGAGGGUUCCCUGUGAUUCAAACGUAUAGAAAACUACAACCUCACAGUGUUUCCGGAGCCUUGGGAUCAAUUAUGCAACUGGCUCUGAGUAAGUAUGCACCGAUGGAUAGACGUAAACAUGAGUUGGCCAUUGCUCCUAAUUUCAUUCAUUCUUUGGAUGCUAGUCAUAUGUUUAUGACAUGUGAUGCGUGUGCUUGUGAAGAGAAAAAGAAAGCAAGUGCAGGGGAUAGAGCUAAAAGUUUGACAUUUGCAUCAAUACAUGAUUCGUACUGGACGCAUCCAAAUCAAGUUGACACAUUAUCACAAAUCUUACGUCAGACAUUUGUUAAGCUACAUUCAUUUGAAUAUAUGGCUCAUGUUCGAAACGACUUUAUAAAUCAAGUCAAACGUUCGCAUUCCUUUCAAUUGGUUUAUUUCGACAAGUUGGAGUAUCCGGAUUUAUAUGCACAAGUGACAACUAUUCGAAAUGGGUAUAGUGAUAAUGAGGGAAGGAGGAUGGCAUAUUUAUUGAAUCACGAGUUGAAGCAAUUGCACAAUGAGGAAAAUGACCAUCCAGUGAGCCAAUUAAUCAAGCAGUACAGCCCGAAAUUGUAUCAUAUUGUCGGUAACACUAUUCGUGAAUACUCUUCAAAUGUGAAUGAUGUUGCAACAGUGAUUACCAAUCCACAACGAAAACAUUUGGUUCCUGUUUUCGUUCCUGUACAAAUUUUGAGCCUUCCAAAGAAUGGUAAUUUGGAUAUUAGACAAGUUUUACAAAGUAAAUAUUUCUUCUCUUAA